AUGGCACGACCACGUCUACACAACACUAAAGAAGAAAAGGCAGAAGCUGCACGCGCUUAUACACGAGCUUACUAUGCACGUCACCGCGAUAAGCUAUGUGCGCAAAAAAAGGAGAUAUACAAGGGGAAGGAAGAUAGGCUGUGUGAUAGGCCUGUCACUGUAGGAAGGCCACGCUCACACCAUACAGCUGAGGAGAAAAUUGAAGCUGCACGCCGAUCCCGGAAAGCCUAUUAUGCUCGUAACCGUGAGGAGAUCCGUAUCAAAUAUCAAAACAAAUCAAAUUCAAAGGCCUUGGACAAUACCAGUAGCCUCAAACCGGCGCGCUCAGUACGAGAUGCACACAACAAACGCAAAAACAAAUGGGCAAGGCAAUGCGAUGACAUCGAUGCCAGCCUGCAGGUCCUUAUUGGGUCAUCGUCAAGCACAGCAUUGGUUGAGGGCCUUUGUGAGCUCUUCAUAGCAAACCCGGAUAAGCCAGAUUCGUUGGACGUCCUGCGGUCUGCUCACAAUGGGUUGGAAGACCUCCUUAUGCGUGCGCAAACUGUAGAAAACGAUGUUCUUGAGGAAUGUGGGACAGGGCAGGACCUCAGUCGGGCACAUAGUUCUGUGUCUCAUAACCAAAAAAAAAAGAUGGCGCCGCGUACAUGGCUGACGCAGGAGGAACUGGCCUUCAUCGCAACUUUUGAGGAUGAUUACCUCGAAUGCCAAAAGAAGGGGAACUAUACCACUUUUUGGCAACCCUUCUUCGAACAAUGGGAGGAACAAUGGCCCGCGAGGGCUUCCUUGUUUCCAGGUAUUCCUAUGGAUCAAGUUCUCACCGCGGCUCAAUUAGAGGAGAACGAAAAAUUCAAAGCCGCACUUCAGAAGUGCCUGACGGUCAAAUUCCGUAAUGAUUAUGGUAAUUCAAAGCCUGGCCGCAAAGCGGCUGCAGCGGGCAAUUCGGCUGUCCACAAACUUCUCAGCAAUAUCGUUAAGGGACCCACAGCUGGUCGGAAACGUCCUCUCAAGGAAAGCGAAGUCUACGCUAAAAAGUAUUAUACUACUCGAGUCCAGGCCAGCGUUAAAGAUGAGCUAAAAGCCAUCAAAGAACAACCUGACGUCCCCGAUCCCAAGAAGACGAACCUUCGGGUGAUCCGAAAGCAUGUUGACCGCUGCUGGGAGAAUGAGUCCGUUGAGGUGAAAGAGGAAAUCUCUCAACUUACGAGAGAGAUGAGGGAAGCAGCGCGCGAGGCGGCGAAGGGGAGGAAAUCAUCUGAGGUGACCAAUGAUCUAAUUAUACCGAGACUUACAGAAAUUCUCUCAACUUUCUUCGGAGAGCUUCAUGAGGCCACAGGAUGGACAUUCAGCGUCCUCCUCGGUGGCCCUGACCCAUCAAAUGGGGGUGCGAUUGAUGUCAGCAGCUUACAUGUAGGGUCAACGAAACUCGGUAAUCGAUUUAACCACGCGUUUUCUAACGAUAAUGUUAUGCUGCCCUACUACGAGUUUGUGUCUCAUGUUUUCCCUGAAGCUGGGACUUCAAAUAAAACACCCGCUCCAGACGAUAUGCUUACAAACGAUGAUCCUCCAAUGCCUAUGCCUGUAGCGCCUGAUACAUUACAUGGUUCAAACCCCACAUCCCAAGAGGCAGACUUGGCACCUAUCUUGGCACCUAUCUUCCCUCCCACGCACUUAGCGCAAGAAGAGGUAGUUCCUGCGCCACCUGAAGAGCACUUCUACGAGAAUUUCUUCCAACACCUGCCCCCCGCUCCUCAAGACAAUGAGAUCAACCAAGAGCUGGAUAGGCCCAUCAUCCCCAUGCCAGAGGGCUAUGUACCCUUCUGUCCACCACCGCUAGCGCCACUCACUUUGGACCCUAUGUCUUCCCCCACCGCAUUUCUUAAUCUGGAUUCAAAUCUCGAGAGUUUUGACGAUGCCCUCAAAUCCAUGCAGUUCCAGAACACCACCACGGGAUUGGUCUGUUCUCCUCCCCACCUUCGUUAUCAGUUCGACAAUUUCAUUAGAUUCUCGUCGCCUAGCACCACGUCGGUCAUCACACCUCGCACCACAGUGGUUGACAUGCCUACCAUCACCCAUUCACCUGUGGUCAGGUCUUCCACCACACCCACCAUCACACCCUCUCCAGCUGCACCCACAACUACCAUACCCAUCACCACAUCCUCAGUAGCUGCACCCACGACUCCUGUGACACUGGGAACAAGGCCUUCGCAGCUUAUUUCUGGGGUGGGACUUGAUGCUCAAAACCCCAGCAACGUUGUAGAUGAACGUCCGGCAAAGCGCCAGAAACGGGCUCAAUGCACACGUGCAGGAGAGACAGAUCCGCUACAGGCUGUCUCCUCCAGCCGAGGGAAACAACAAAGAUUCCAGUCCACUCGAGCUGCUGCCGCCAAUGCGAUUGGUUAA